AAGAAAAUGAUAGGAGGUAUAGCACAAAGGUGGAGGCUGCUCAGCGGUCACAACAACUGGACAAACCUCUUGAAGCCCCUGGAUAGUGAUCUACAACGGUAUCUUCUGCACUAUGGUGGUAUGGCUCAAGCCACCAACGACGCUUUCGAUUUUGACAUUCUAUCGAAAUAUAUCGGGUACAGCAAAUUCUCGAGGAAGCAUUUAUUCGAACGAUGUGGGUUAGUUAAAGGGAACCCCUUCAGAUAUAAGGCUGUCAAGUAUAUAUAUGCAACGUCGGGCCCGGGGAUUAGUCUUCCGGAGUCGUUCAUCUUGAAGCCCUUGUCUGAAAAAACCUGGUAUAAGGAAUCCAACUGGAUGGGGUACAUUGCUGUGGCCACCGACGAAGGGAAAGCUGCGUUGGGAAGAAGGGACAUUUUGAUUGCUUGGAGAGGAACAAUUAUGCCGAUUGAGUGGGAGAAAGAUUUCGAAUUCCCUCUGGUGCCAGCAUCCAAGAUUCUUGGAAAAUGUGGUGGUAGUAAUGCUCAUGUGCACCAAGGUUUUCUUUCUAUUUAUACGGCGACCAACCCCAGAUCUAAGUAUAGUAAAACGAGUGCACGAGAUCAGGUACUAUCAGAACUGAAGAAACUAAUAGAACAAUACAAACAUGAAGAAUUAAGCAUAACACUGACAGGGCACAGUUUGGGAGGAGCACUUUCAACUUUGUGUGCAACAGACAUUGUAUGCAAUGGCUAUAACAAGAUUUGCCACAAUCCAUACAAAACCUGCCCCGUGACAGCCUUCAGAUACGGCGCCCCAAUGGUUGGGGACUCAAACUUUAAGCACACGGCAGAGUCAAUGAACGAUCUUCACAUGUUAAGCAUUCACAAUGUCCCGGAUAUCGUCCCUAAGUCGCCAGCAAUGCCCGGGUAUACCCGCGUUGGGCAGGAACAUUUCGUUGAUAGUAAAAAGUCUCCUUACUUGACGUUUCCAGGGGACACCUACACUUGGCACAACUUGGAGGGGGCUUAUUUGCAUAGUUUGGCUAUAGAAAACGGGGGUGAACCUAAAAGAGAUCUUGCUCUUGUGAACAAAGGCUCUGGGGCUUUGAAACCAAAGUAUGGUAUCCCUUUUUCCUGGUGGUGUGAAGAGAAUAAGGGUAUGGUACAGAAAAGUGAUGGCUCUUGGCAAUUGCGUGAUUAUGAAGGGGAUGAGUGAUGAUCCUUGAAUAUGGAUGUAUUCUGCACCUGCUUAAUUCUGAAACAAUCGGACGGAGUUUAGUUGAAAUAAUGUUAAAUCAUUCAAAGAAAUGAUAAAUAAUUAGUGAUCCUCUCAUCUGUUAUUCAGAUGUUAAAUAAAAUUAGUUUGUUUCUUUUCUUUU